GCCGGCGCCGCGCCCUGCGAGGACGGCUCGGAAGGUGCCCGGCGCACGCCACCGCGCUCGCCCUGCCCGCUGCUGAUCUUCUCGGGCACGAAGACCAGCCUCCCUGUCCUCCCGGGAGCGACUGCUGGCGAGGAUCCCGUGAAGGAGAGCCAGCACGCCAUCAUGUCUGUGGGCUUCGGCCUGUCCCCCAGCCCCGGGGGCGACCUGUCGGGCUCGGACUCAGCCUGCUCCAGCAAGCGGUCGUCGGACCUGAAGGAGGUUACCCGGCGCGCGCGCCCGAUGCACUCCCCGGACUUCCUGCGCGCGACGGUCGCCGGCUACGGGGACACGGAAGAUGGCACCGGCAGCUGGAGGCCGAGGAUCUUCCAGUGGUGGGGCACCGUGUGGGCGCUCUUCGUAGUGUGCUCGGUGCUCUUCCCUCUGGCGGGGACUCUGGAGCCGCGGCCGCUGCCACCGGUGGUGGCCGCGGCGGUGGAGACUGCGAUCGAGGCGGUGUUUGCGAUCGAGCUCACGGUACGCCUCGUAGCCAGCCAGGGCAAGAGGGGCUUCAUAAGGAACCCGUUCAACGUCAUUGAUUUGCUGUCAGUGCUGCCCAUUGUGCUCCGAGCACUGCUCGGCUUCGUCCUUCCGGAGCGCCUGGAUGCCGACGAAGUGCCAGAGGUCGUGCUGAUAUGCGUCGUGCCUGUGCUGCGCCUGGCGAAGGUGCUGCGGAGGGACUUUGUCCAGAUCAAACUGUUUGAGAGAGUCUUCAGUUCGACCAUGGAGACGAUGCAAUUCUUGGCCCUCGUCGGCGGUAUUAUAGUUCUGACCUUCGCGUUUUUGGUCUUUGUGACGGAGCCCCGAGACAACGUCGACACCUACUGGCGGGCGCUCUAUUUUGUCAUCGUUACCAUGAGCACCGUUGGCUACGGAGACGUGAGCCCCGUGACCGACGAGGGCCACGUGGUCAUCUCCGUCCUUAUCAUGAGCAGCAUCCUCUUCAUGGCGAUCCCGGUGGGCGUCCUUGGCAACGCGUUUGCGUUCGCUUGGUCGGACCGCGACCUCAUCAUGCUGAUCGAGCAGACGCGCCAGCAGAUCUCGGGGUGGGGGUACCAGCCGACAGACCUCCCCAAGUUCUUCCUCCUCUUCGACGCCGACAACGACGGGGAGCUGAACUUCGACGAGUUUCUGAACAUGAUGAGCGCGCUGACGAUCAACCUCAAUGGGGACAGGAUGGUGAACCUUUUCCAGCUGUUCGACCGGGACAACGGGGGCACCAUCGACCAGAUGGAGUUCCUCCGCGCCGUCUACCCGCACGCGUUCCACCAGAUCCUCAACGAGGAGAAGGCGGAGAAGGAGAGGAAGGAGAAGGAGGAGAAGGAGCAGCGGCGCCGCAUGAAGAAAGAGCGCCAGGAGCGCCAGCGGAAGCUGCGGGCCGAGAAGCAGUCCACUGCGGAGGAGCAGACCCGAGGCUCCUUGACCAGCCCCGGGCUCAUGAGCCCGCGGCCGGGGUCCGACGACUGGCCGGGCCUCGCCAGCCCGCGGCCGGGGUCCGUCGACUGAGCUCCGGGGCAGCGUGAGGGGGAGACAGGCUCCUCCUCCUCCUCCUCCUCCUCCUCCUCCUCCUCCUCCU